AUGUCAUUAGAAUAAGGAAGAAAAAUAUCUUCAAAACCUUAAAUGGAGACUACAACAGUAGAUUUAAAAUAAUCAAUCACUAAAGAAGACAAAUACCUUUGUAUGCAAUGUUUAAUCGAAAAGAUUGACAUUUAAAAUAUAGUUUUAGUGGAUGAAACUAAAGUAAUGAUUCAGGAGAUGAAGUAGGAAUAAUAUUCACUCAAAAUUAAAUAAACAUAGAAAAGAAUCGAAACAUUUAUAUUAAUCCAAAGUUAGAUUAAAGAAUUCAAAGUCUAAGUAGAAAAUGUAAUUGAAAAAAUAUUAAUUAAUAUUAAUGAAAAAAUAUAGUUGUUAGAAAAGAAUUUGGCCGAAUAUGAGUCUCUUAAAAUUAUAAAAGAGGUUUAAAAUAAAUGUUUCCUAUAGAAUUUGAUAAUAUUGAAGAUGAUAAUCAAAUCUAUAAUUCUAUAUAAUAAAUGUUUUAAUCAUUUACAAAUAAUCAGCUAUACAAUUAAGUUAUUGAUAUAUUAUAACAAAAUUAAAAAUUUUUAAAGCCAAAAGAAACUAAAGAAACAAGUAUUUUUAAAGUAAAAGAAUUAGAUAAAUCAGUAAUUAUUAUAUAAAUAUUUAGAAAACACCAUCACUCAAUAUCAAAUGUCCUAAACAUGGAAAGGAGAUAAUAAUGCUGAAUUUUAAAGUAAAUGAAACUUAAACUUCUAGAUUAGCAUUUGUUGAUUGUAUUCACUAUAACAAGCCUAUUAAAUAUACUUCAUUAUAAGAUGCUGGUAUUAUAUGGGAUGAGUUUAAAAGUAGCGCUUAGGAUAGAAUUAAAACAUUUUAAAAUUAAAGAUUAGUGAAAUAAGAAGGAUUAUUUAAAAUCUUAAAGAAAUGAGAGAAUAAUAUACAUCAAUCUUAAACCAAUUGAUUUUAAAAUUAAAUAAUGAAUAAUCAUCAAUCCAAUUAAUAUAAUAAAAUUAAUAAAAUCAAAAAGAUAUUUAUGAAUUCAAUUAAAAAUAAAUAGAAGAACUUACUUUGAUUUUAAGUAACUAAGAUAAAUUUAAGGUAUUAUAAGAUUAACUUAUUAAAAUUGAAAAAGAAAAUUUAAUUCAAUUUAAUUUAAUGUUUAAUAAUCUUUUUAGUUUAUUAGAAUAAGAAUUAUAAAAAAGAAAAGAUGAUAUUAUAAGGAAGAUCUAAAAGUUUGAUGCUACUUUAAAUAACUUUACAGAAAUACGAGAAGAUUUUAAUAAUUGUAAACUACUCUCUUUUCUAUAUUUUUAGAGAUUUCUUAAAUUGCUAAUCUAACUUAACUAUUGA